AUGGACGCUUACGAGAAGCGGCCGACCGUCUACGCCCUGGGCGACAGCGACUCCGACCCCACCGGCGUCGUUCGCGAGCUCCUUCCACCUGUCUCCAGGACGCGCGGCGGCUGCCUGCUGAGGGUCUGGGACUACUUCAGGGAGUUCUGCGAAAGCACCAGCCUGCACGGCCUCAAGUACGUGGGGGAGCCGGGGAAACCGCACGCUCAAAGAGUAUGCUGGGUGCUGACCUUCCUGCUGAGCCUCUCCGUGUGCUGCGUCUUCAUCUGGCAGGCCAAGCACAAGUGGGACACGACGCCCGUCAUCGUCACCUUCGCCGAGUCCUCCUACCCGGUCAGCAAGCUGCCCUUCCCCGCCGUCACCAUAUGCGGCGAGGCCAAAAUCAACCACGUUCUCUUCUCCUACCAGCAGAUGUAUGAACGGAGGGACAACAUCACCGAAGAACAGAUGAAGCAGAUCCAGUAUGCCGCACUUGUCUGCGACGAGGACGUGGAAGUACAGGCUAACGAUACUACAGAUGACAGUGCUAUUGACUUCCUUCUUGAGGUAGGUCUGCUGCAAGUGAUCAAGGUGGCUCCUAGCCUCUGGGACACUGUACGUCGCUGCCGGUGGCAGUCCAAGGACAUCUCGUGUGGCGAGCUUUUCGACACGAUCAUCACAGACGAGGGCGUCUGCUACACGUUCAACGGCAUCGAGUACGAGGACUUCUUCACCGAGAAUGCGUACAGGAACUCGAGCGCCCGCAGGUCCCGCAGCCGCGCCGUCAGCCGCUGGUCGGUGGACGACGGAUACGUCACCGACGAGGGCAGCGACGAGGCCGGCGACGACGAGGCGGUGUACCCCAGGCGCACCAGCGCCGCGGGCGCCAUGGCCGGGCUCGACUUCAUCCUCACCACCGACGAGCAAGACGUCGACGCCUCCUGCCGCUGGCCCGUCCAGGGCUUCAAGAUGCUGCUGCACAACCCAGUGGCGUUCCCCGACAUGAGCUCGCAGUUCUUCCGCGUGCCCGUGGAUCGUGACCUGGUGGUCACCGUGCGGCCGGCCGUCAUGAUGACCUCGGAGAGCCUGGUGGACUACCCGCCGGAGCGGCGGCGCUGCUACUUCACGAGGGAGCGCAGCCUCUACUUCUUCCGCUACUACAGCGAGGAGAACUGCCGGGCGGAGUGCCUGGUCAACUACACGGUCCGUGAGUGCGGCUGCUCCGCCUACUACAUGCCCAGAGAGAAGGAGGUGCCGAUCUGCGGAGGUUCAAAAAUGCCCUGCGUAAAGGAAGCGCAAAGUAAGCCUGCAGAAAGCCCGUUUACAUUGCUUGAACCUCACGUGCUCCUGAGCUGUAACGUUCUCUCCGAAAGAUAA